UAUUUCGCCUUGUGCCCCAACAGACUAAAGCCCCGGUUAAAGCCCCACAAACUCUUUAUAUCUUAGCAGCCACUCCCCCAUUCGGCUAUCUCUCAUUCAAACUACACCCAAACCCCUCCCUGGUUACCCUGUCUAUUUUUCCUUUCCGUUCAGAAAAGUCCAGAAUCUUGUGCUGCUUCCCCUCAUCUUGCAAACAGAGUUUGGACCACAAAAAUCUUACUUCAAUCAAAGUACAGGAAACAGACAUGUUAACUCCUUUGAACCCCAAGAACCCAACAGCACAAAAAGGAGACCAGGAUUCAGAAAAGACUUGUCUGUCUCUUGUAGCUAAAGAAGCAAAAGGCAUAGCCAGUAUAGCUUUUCCGAUGGUGCUAACAGGGAUUUUGCUCUAUUCCCGCUCCAUGAUUUCCAUGUUAUUUCUUGGUCGUCUAGGGGAGCUCGCUUUAGCAGGUGGUUCGCUUGCUAUUGGGUUUGCUAACAUUACUGGGUACUCAGUUCUCUCUGGCCUUGCCAUGGGAAUGGAACCCAUCUGUGGGCAAGCUUUUGGUGCCAAAAGAUACAAACUUCUUGGCCUCACCAUGCAAAGGAUGAUACUUCUGCUUCUCUUGACUUCAAUCUUCAUAGCUUCUUUGUGGUUCAACAUGAAAAAUAUCCUUCUCUUUUGCGGCCAAGAUGAAAAUAUUGCCAAUGAAGCUCAAUCCUACAUUCUUUAUUCUCUUCCAGACCUCCUAGCACAAUCCAUUUUGCAUCCUUUGCGUACAUAUUUGAGGACUCAGUCCAUAACUCUGCCACUGACAUACUGUUCUGCUUUGGCUAUUCUUCUCCACAUUCCCGUUAACUACCUUCUUGUUUCUGUGCUCAAUCUUGGAAUCAAAGGAGUUGCUUUAGGCUCCAUUUGGACGAACUUCAAUCUCGUAGGUUUGUUGAUCGUUUACGCUAAAAUCUCCGGGGUGUACAAGAAAACAUGGGGUGGAAUUUCCUCAGAGUGCUUAAAAGGCUGGAACUAUUUAUUGAAUUUAUCCAUUCCAAGCUGCAUUUCGGUUUGCCUGGAAUGGUGGUGGUACGAAAUCAUGAUUUUGCUAUGUGGGUUGUUGUUUAAUCCACAAGCAACUGUCGCUUCAAUGGGCAUUUUGAUUCAAACCACAUCUUUGAUAUACAUUUUCCCAUCUUCCUUAAGUUUCGGUGUGUCAACUAGAGUUGGAAAUGAACUUGGAGCUAACAAUCCAAACAAAGCAAAACUGGCUGCAAUCGUUGGCCUCUCCUCGAGCUCCGUCAUAGGACUUUCAGCAUUGGCUUUCGCUAUACUGGUCAGAAAAAAAUGGGCUACCAUGUUCACCGAAGACCCAGAAAUCAUUGCCUUAACAUCAAUGGUUUUGCCUAUACUUGGACUCUGUGAGCUUGGAAACUGCCCACAAACAACAGGCUGCGGAGUUCUACGAGGAACUGCUAGACCGAAAUCGGGAGCAAACAUCAACCUGGGGUGUUUCUACUUGGUAGGCAUGCCAAUUGCAGUGUGGUUGAGUUUCUUUGCCGGGUUUGACUUCAAAGGUCUUUGGCUUGGUCUUCUAGCCGCCCAAGCCUCGUGUGUGGUUACCAUGUUGUUCGUUGUGGCUUGUACAGAUUGGGACCUUCAAGCCCGGAGGGCACAGGAACUCACCAGAGCCGUCCCUGCGGAUGAUGAUGACCAAGCGAGCCAUGAUGGAGCUUUGAAAGUUUAUUCUGAUUCAAAAGAAUCUUCAGGAUUAUUAUACGACGCAAACCAAAACACCUUACCCGUCUGAUUUGGAACACAUGGGGUUGAUAUUUCUAACCAAUAUUUUUUUCCUUGUGAAUUUGAUCAGAACAUUACUAUAAGUUUAUUUAGGUCCAAUUCAUGUAAAGUAUAAAGGGGGAAUGGAAUUGAAAUUUAGGGAGAAAAAUCGGCACGGACUUUGUUUUAUGCAUUGUUUUCUUGUUUCAGAAUAGUAAAGAA